AUGACUAAUGUCGCCAAGCCCCAGCGGAGGAGCCUCCUCCCCGGCGCACUGCCGUCUGUGGCGCAACGGCGAGCAGCGUUCGAGGUGCAAAUCCGCAAGUCCAGCAGCGGCGGCGGCGGCGAUUACGUUAAGAAACGCGCGAUCGAGGGCAAGAAGCGGUCCUUUCGGGGUGCCCCUGGAAAGCUUCGCAGGUCGCUCAGUAGGCGGGAGAAGGACAGGCCGCCAGUGUCAUCCGAGGCCAAGAACGGAGGCACUGUUUCGGGUGGUACCGACCGCCAUCAUCUCCUGGAAUCGACACCUUCAGGUCAGCCCGAGGAAUCGAAUGCCCCCGAGCCAGACGCACGUAUCAUUGAGACUGAUUCAGCCGCAGAGAGCUACCAGGCGACGGCGGCGCCGCCAGCUUCUCCCUCGAAAUUUUCUGUAACUCGCUACCUGUCCAAAUCUAUACGCCCCCGGGCGCGUUUGAGGUUCGGACCGCCCAUCGAGAAGCCUGAUCCAUUGACGGCGCACAUCCAAAUUGCUUCUUCGGGCGAUAUUCAGACCAUUGUUGAAAACCAUACUCCCGAUGCGCCAGCGCCCACCGCCCAAUUCUGUGAACCGCUGCCUAAACUAGUGGAGAAUUCUGAGAGCGUCUCUCUCGUUUCUUCUCUGGAUACCGUCGCUUCCUCGACCAAUGCGUCCCUCUUCGAUCGGAUCUUCAGCUCCUCUCCUCAUCCGACGAUAACAGCCCCCGCCCCACCAAUGGUAUCCCAGGCCUACAGAGCCAUGGCUAGUGAGAGUAAGGAAGAUGGCGGCCUGGCGCUGCCUCGAUUGGAGGAUUUGCUUCGUCACGCGGAAGAUCUGGAUAAGAUCCCCGCGCUGAAAGCAGAAUAUACGAGAAAAAAAGCUGCUGUAGAUGCGCAGCUUCGGGAUGGACUGAGAGACCAACUGGAAACGGUGCAGCGGAGUAUAAACCAGCUUACAGAGGGCAAAAAGCUGAUUCUGAGCACGAAAAAUGAGCUGCGCGGGAUCGAUACGCUGUGCGCUGAGUCGCAGGCUGCUGUGGGUGACUUUGCGCAGAUCGACCAGCUGGCGCGGAUACAUCGGAAUUUCGAGGCGACAAUGAUGAUGAAGCAAGGCUUAGAGAGCUUUCAUAAUGACUUGGCUGAGGUGGAAAGGAUGCUGCGAGAAGACGAUGAAGAUUUACAAAAUCAACCAAACCUGCUUAAUGCACAUAUGGCAAUCACACGGCUGAGAGAUUUUCGGGAUGAAGCUAUGGAUCAAAUCUCCAAGUCCCAGGAUAGGAGCAGCGAGGCCACGCUUGUUGAAUGGUUUCAAGGCCUCGAUUCUGUUAUCGAGUGGUUCGAUGACCAUCUGGGGACUGCGUGUAUGAAUCUUAUUCCGCUGGUUCAAUCAGACAACCGGAGUAUGGUGGUCAGGCUUGCCGUAGUCAUCCUCAGUGAGGAAAAGAAUGAUGCCAAGGUCCAGGCAUUGCAGGACGCGCAAAAGGAUCAUCAGUACCUUGCGACCCGUUUCAAGUCCAUGAAUAUCGGUCCAAAGACGGUCAGAGGAUAUAAGCAGAAUUUCCUAAAGGCCAUUGAACUCUAUGCUCAAGGACAGUUUGAAGCUACAAAGGAGGGCUUCCUCGAUGACCCCGAUAAACUGGAGAAGGGCUUCAAAUGGUUCUUCAACGAUCUCUUUACCGUCAGAGAAGGAAUGCAGCCCCUCAUGCCUAAGAAAUGGAAAAUUUAUAAGACUUAUACGGAUAUCUACCACCAGAUGAUGCAUGACUGGUUAAUCCAAUUCGUUGAUGAUGACCAACUUCCUGCUGCGAAUAUGCUGGCGAUCAUCCACUGGAGCGAUAAGUACUAUACAAAAAUGGCGAAACUUGGUUGGGCCCAAGCUGACCUCACCCCCCAUGUGAUUGACGACCGUGAAGGAGAACUAGUCCGUGAUUGGCGAAAUCUAAUUAUAAAAGCCUUGGACGAAUGGAUAGAACGAAUGUUUGCUGUGGACAAGAGAUCCUUUUCUGAAAGGGAUAUCGAAGCCCUGGACACAAACCCGGAUGGCCAUUUCCGCAUCAAGACUCUCGGAGACCUGUGGCGUAUGCUCCACGAGCAGCUCCUUGCUGCUGGUGCCUCGCAGAGAACCGAUGUUGCGGAAGGUGUCGUAGAUGCAAUGUUCCGCGCCUUAAAGUCCCGCCAGACUGCUUGGCAAACGAUGCUCGAUGAAGAAUGCGCCAAGUAUAAAGGUGCAGAUGCUCCUCCAGAUAACAAAGGCUUCCAGCAACUGCAAGACUGGCUCAUUGCUGUUGCAAACGAUCAAAUUGCGUGCAUUGAUGACAACGAUGCGUCGGGACAAGUCGGCUACCUCACACGCUUCAGGCGAGACUUCGAGCCGCUGGUUACCGAAAAGUACCUCAUCACACGCGCAGACACAGAGCUCAAUGUUCUUCGAGAUGGCUACGUUGAUCUCAGUACCCACUGCAUUACCUUGUUCAUCGAUCUAAUAUUCUCCGUUGAUUUCCGCACUACCCUUCCCGACUUUUUCACGCAAAAAUGGUAUGGCGAAUUUGCCAUGAAACGGAUGAUAUCUACCUUUGAAGACUACAUGACAGACUACCUAUCCAUGAUCCACCCUUCUCUCCGUGACAUUUUAAUCGAAGAACUCUCCGACGAGCUGCUCGUGCAUUAUCUCCUCUGCAUCCGUAACCGUGGCGCAAAGUUCCGCCGGCAAGACCCCUUUACGGAAAAAUUCAAGGACGAUAUUCUUACUCUAUUUGCCUUCUUCCAGCAGUAUCCGGAGAGCUUUGCCAGCACGAUUAAGGAUAGGUGGAGAUUAGUUGAUUGGUUAGUUAGGCUGCUUGAGGCAGAGAAAGGCGAGGUUGUGAACGUGUACGAAGGGUUUAAGAGGGAGUAUUGGGAUUUAAACCUGUCAUGGGUGGAGGCGGUGCUGAGAUCUAGAGAUGACUUUGAGAGAUCGAUGGUGAGCGCUGUGAAGGCGAAGGCUGCAGAGUUAUCAGUUGAGCGUGGAGCGGAGACCAUCAUGGGAAGAGUGAGAUGAUGUGAAUUCACAUAAGCUAUCAAUAAUGUGUAAAUAUCUAACAGUGGGGUUGGAGCAUGGGUCUAACUCUUUUUAUGUGUGGUAAUAGUGCCUUUUUUUUUCCUUUUUCUUUUUUUCAGUCCAUUGGAGAUGACUGGAGUUUGUUGGAUUAUUUGGGCCAGCGGGAGCACUAUAUCGCAGGCAUUCCCGAUGCAUAUAUGUAGUC